AUGAAGUCGCUGGCUGGCUCAUUCCUGGGGCUUUUAUUCCUUCUAUCUACUCCUGUCUCAUCCGCCUACGCUGCCCCUGAUACUCCUGCCAAGAAGGAUGGUCUUGCGCCGUGUGUAGCACGCUCCCCCACUACCGGUCUCUACCACGAUCUGAACUCGAUCUCCGUGUCCCUACCGGAUGAGUCGGACGGCAAGAGAAGUCGCAAAAACAUACCGAAGGAGAGCUGGCAUGCCAAGGGGCACGACUAUGGUGCCAAUUUCACAUUGAAUGUCUGCGCGCCCGUCAUUGAGGAUGUAAAGGAUGUGGUGGGGAUAGAGCGCGACAGAUGGAGGAAUGUGAGCGCGUAUUACGAGAAGGAAGGCAAGAUAUAUUCGAUUGGUCAACAAGCAUCACAGCCAUUAUUUCGAGGUCGCAAACUUGUCCUAAACUACACGGAUGGCUCCCCUUGUCCCGGCGAGCAGAUUGGACACAGUUCGCGCAAUAAGUCGACGAUCAUGUCUUUCCUGUGCGAUCGCGAUGCUCUCUCAUACCAAGCGACAGCGUCCUUCGUUGGCACUAUGGAUCAAUGCACGUACUUCUUUGAAGUCCGAAGUUCGGCUGCUUGCGGUAGCAUCGGUCAUGCCAAUGGAGAGGGACUUGGCCCGGCGGGCGUGUUUGGUGUGAUUGCCUUAAUUGCCGUUGCCGCAUACCUGAUUGGUGGUUGUGCCUACCAGCGAACAGUCAUGCACCAGCGAGGUUGGAGGCAGUGUCCAAACUAUAGUCUCUGGGCGGGGAUUUUUGGUUUCAUUAAAGACAUGUUCAUCAUCCUCUUCUCCUCGCUCGGUCGUCUCUUCCGCCUAAAACGAUCCCCCACCCUCGGCCACGGCCGCGCAAACGGUUCGAGCGGCGGCUUCAUCGGCGCAAUCGGCGGCCGCCGAGGACGAGACAGCCACGCCUCCGACGUGGACGCGGAGAACCGCCUGAUAGACCAACUAGACGAGACAUGGGAUGACUGA